CUCCACGGGGGAGGGGGGCGGAAAGCUCGGAUUUGUCCAGAAACCUCUCCCGCCUGGACUGAAGAUGGGAAAGGCAACUGGGAGGAAAGCACCUCUAUGGCUGAGAGCGAAGUUCCAGAGACUCUUAUUUAGGCUGGGCUGUUACAUACAAAAGAACUGCGGAAAGUUUUUGGUUGUGGGCCUCAUGAUUUUCGGAGCUUUCGCUGUGGGCUUAAGGGCAGCUAAUUUGGAGACGGACGUGGAGAAACUCUGGGUGGAAGUUGGUGGGCGUGUGAAUCAGGAACUGAAGUACACACGGCAGAAGAUAGGCGAGGAGGCCAUGUUUAACCCUCAGCUGAUGAUCCAGACGCCGCGGGAGGAGGGAGCCAGUGUACUAACAGUGGAAGCGCUCCUGCAGCACCUGGAGUCAGCUCUCCGAGCCAGCAGAGUUCAUGUUUACCUUUAUAACAGACAAUGGAAAUUAGACCAUUUAUGCUACAAAUCAGGAGAACUAGUCACAGAAAGUCAUGUUAUGGAUCAGAUCAUUGAAAAACUACAUCCUUGUCUCAUCAUCACCCCUUUGGACUGUUUCUGGGAGGGAGCCAAGCUCCAGUCUGGAAUGGUCUAUCUCCCAGGUAAAGACCCUCUGCAGUGGACCAAUUUUGACCCCAAGGAGUUCAUUGAAGACUUGCGAAGGGCAGGCUUUCCUGUGGAAGCCUUUGAGGACAUGUUGGAAAAGGCAGAUGUCGGACAUGGCUACAUGGAUAGACCCUGUCUCAACCCUGCUGACCCUGACUGCCCUCUCACUGCACCCAAUAAGAACUCAACUAAGCCAUUCGAUGUAGCAUGGGCCCUGAGUGGAGGCUGCCAUGGUCUAUCCAGGAAAUACAUGCACUGGCAGGAGGAACUGAUCGUCGGAGGGACCACCAAGAAUGGCAGCGGACCCCUGCUCAGUGCCCAGGCCUUGCAGACCAUGUUCCAGCUGAUGACUCCCAAGCAGAUGUUUGAGCACUUUCGGGGCUAUGAGGAGGUUUCCCACAUCAACUGGAAUGAAGAGAAGGCUGCAGCUAUACUGGAAGCCUGGCAGAGAAGAUACUCUGAGGCAGUGCUGCACAGUGUGACAGCAAAUUCUUCACAGAAGGUCUUGUCUUUUACCACCACCACUCUAGAAGAUAUUCUUAAGUCUUUCUCUGAUGUCAGUGUCAUCCGUGUGGCCAGUGGGUACCUGCUGAUGCUGGCCUACGCAUGUCUGACCAUGCUGCGGUGGGACUGUGCCAAGUCUCAGGGGGCCGUAGGGCUGGCAGGUGUCCUGCUUGUGACACUGUCCGUGGCAGCUGGUCUGGGCCUCUGCUCUCUCCUGGGAAUAUCCUUUAAUGCUGCCACCACACAGGUGCUGCCCUUCUUGGCUCUGGGAGUCGGAGUGGACGAUGUCUUCCUCCUUGCUCAUGCCUUCAGUGAGACUGGACAGAACAAGAGGAUCCCGUUUGAGGACCGUACAGGAGAGUGUUUGAAGAGGACAGGGGCCAGCGUGGCUCUCACCUCCAUCAGUAACGUCACAGCAUUCUUCAUGGCAGCCCUUAUCCCCAUCCCGGCACUCAGAGCCUUUUCUCUACAGGCUGCAGUGGUUGUGGUGUUUAACUUUGCCAUGGUGCUGCUCAUCUUCCCUGCCAUCCUCAGUAUGGACCUCUACCGACGAGAAGACAGACGUUUUGACAUUUUCUGCUGCUUCUACAGCCCUUGUGUCAAUCGUGUGAUACAGAUUGAGCCUCAAGCUUACCUGGAUGGGGUGGACGGGAGUCACUACAGUCCUCCCCCAUCCUACCACACCCCUCCUCCCUCUUACUGCACGCCUCCCCCAAACUACAGCAGCCCACCUCCCUCCUACAGCAGCCAUGGCUUUGCUCAGCAGACCCAAAUCACUAUGCAGUCCACAGUGCAGCUCAGGACUGAGUAUGACCCCCGAACUCAGGCCUUCUACACCACAGCUGAGCCCAGAUCUGAGAUUUCUGUGCAGCCCAUCAACACUGCUCCAACUAGGGGCAACCCUAGCAAUGACUAUUACACCAGCAACCCCAGUGGGAGCAGGAGCAGCAGCAGCAAUCACAGCAAUCUCAACAACAACUGUAGCAGCCAAAGUAAUGGGGGAUCUCGAGGCUCUGCCACCUUCUCCCCUCAUCAUCCGGCAUCUCAUCCUGCUGCGCAGACUUCAGGUGUUAACUCAGUCCCUCAGGGUGAUGCAGUCUCAACGACUGGCCAGAGCCCAGAGAACAACAGCUCCACGCGGGACCUGUUGUCCCAUUUAGGAGAAGCCUCACUGGGAAUGCGUUGCCUCGAGCCUCCCUGUACUCGUUGGACCCUGGCUUCUUUUGCUGAGAAGCAUUAUGCGCCGUUCCUUCUGCUGCCCACUACCAAGCUGGUUGUGAUUGUGCUGUUUCUCUGCCUGCUGGGAGUCAGUUUAUAUGGAACCACCCAGGUGAGGGAUGGCCUGGAGUUGACGGACAUCGUGCCGAGAGAGACCAGCGAGUAUGACUUCAUCGGUGCCCAGUUUAAGUUCUUCUCCUUCUACAACAUGUAUGUGGUGACACAGCGGGCUGAUUAUGCCCAGAACCAGCCUUUACUGCACCAGCUCCACCAGAGGUUCCACACUGUUCGCCAUGUGCUGAAGGAGGAUAAUGGGCAACUGCCUCGCAUGUGGCUUCAGUACUUCAGGGACUGGCUGCAAGAUCUCCAGCAGGCAUUUGACAAGGACUGGGAAGCUGGCCACAUUACCCUCAACAGCUACAAAAAUGGCUCUGACGAUGGCGUCUUGGCAUACAAGCUUUUGGUGCAGACAGGACGCAGAGAUAAGCCCAUCAACUUCAACCAGCUGACUCGUCAGAGGCUUGUGGAUGCAGAUGGAAUCAUCAACCCCAGGGCUUUCCACAUCUACCUGACUGCCUGGGUCAGCAACGAUCCUGUGGCAUACGCCGCCUCGCAGGCCAACAUUCGCCCACACCCUCCUGAGUGGCUCCACGACCGUACCGACUCCAUGCCCGAGACGCGCCUCAGCAUCCCAGCUGCUGAGCCCAUCGAAUACGCACAGUUCCCUUUCUACCUCAAUGGGCUUCGGGAGACGCCACAGUUUGUCGAGGCCAUCGAGAGCGUGCGGGCUAUCUGCAGCAACUACAGCCAACAAGGCCUACCCUCCUACCCCAACGGCUACCCAUUCUUGUUCUGGGAACAGUAUGUUAGUCUGCGCCACUGGCUCCUGCUGUCCAUCAGUGUCGUGCUUGCCUGCACCUUUCUGGUCUGUGCCCUCUUCCUUCUCAACCCGUGGACUGCCGGUAUCAUAGUGCUGGUGCUGUCUCUCAUGACUGUGGAGCUGUUUGGCUUCAUGGGACUGAUGGGAAUCAAGCUGAGUGCUGUCCCUGUGGUCAUUCUUAUAGCUUCUGUGGGCAUUGGAGUGGAGUUCACCGUUCAUGUGGCCUUGGCAUUUCUAACAGCCAUAGGGGAUCGUCACAAGCGGGCAGUGCUGGCAUUGGAGCACAUGUUUGCUCCAGUCCUCGAUGGGGCCUUUUCCACUUUACUAGGCGUCCUAAUGCUCGCAGGUUCAGAGUUCGACUUUAUCGUCAGGUAUUUCUUUGCAGUGUUGGCCAUCCUAACAGUUCUUGGAGUACUGAACGGAUUGGUCCUUCUUCCAGUUUUACUAUCAUACUUUGGACCCUAUCCAGAGGUGUCCCCAGUUGAUGGUCGUAGCCAGUUACCCACCCCGUCCCCAGAGGCCCCUCCACACACAGUCCACUUCUCAGUCCAUCCUCACCACACCACCAUGGCCACCACCACCUCUGGUGCAGCUUCAGACUCAUCUGACUCAGAGUACAGCUUUAACUCCGCAGCGUCUGGUAUCAGCCAGGAGCCGCAGAACUGCAACCUGCCUGCACGCAGAGAACAAACUCGAGCAGAAGAGCAGCAGUACCACCUCCAGACCAGCCGGAGUAGAGCCGCCAGAACAGAAGAGGAAAGGGGAACAGGAUCAGGGCAUAGGCGCCCAGUCAGAGUGUCUAACCCUCCCUAUACUUCAUUUGUAUCCUCUCAGGGUUGUGAUUCUGGGCCCCAGCCUGGGGCUACUCAGCGCAUCAGAAACAGGGACCCUGAAAGCCAGCUGCACUGGCAGGCCCGGCCCCCAGCCCAUCCGCGGAUGGACGCUUUUGAAACUGCUACUGAGGCUGGGGGCCAUUAUGCUUCACACCGCCAUAGAGAAUAA